AUGAAUGAAACAGAUGUAUUAUUUAUGAAUGAUCGUCAACAAUUACAUAUUGAAUCAGCUACCGAUCAUCAUGCUGGUCGAUAUUCAUGCGUGGCGGAAAAUAAACCAGGUCGAGCCGAAAAGGAUCUUAUUGUAGCUGUUCUUAAACCACCACAAAUGGAUAAUCAACAUCGAAUCAUUGAAUUAGCUGAAAAUGAAACAGUAACGUUGACAUGUCCAAUUAAUGAUCCAUCAGUAGAAAUACAAUGGACUAAAAAUGGUAUUCCCAUUACUACAUCAAAUAAUUUACAGCUAUCAACAAGUGGCAUAAAAUUGCAUAUAUUACACGGGCAAGUAUAUGAUGCAGGCCGAUAUGUUUGUCGAGCAUGGAAUGAUGCAGGCGAAGCUAUUGCAUUUAUAAAUGUCGUCGUUUUAGUACCGCCAAAAAUUAUUGGAUCAACAUUUCGUAAGAUUGAAUCAAUUUUGAAUCAAACAGUAAAUAUUGAGUGUAAAAGAACUGGCAUACCAACGCCAACAAAUAUUUGGUCAUUUAAUGGACGAACAAUUUUUCCAUCUGAAAAAAUUCAGAUUUUAAAUAAUGGUACUUUAUUGGUAUUAAAAGAACUGCAAGUCAAUCAGGAAGGACGAUAUUCAUGCUUGGCAACAAAUAAAGUUGGUAAAGCUGAAGCUGAUACAUUCUUACAAGUUACAGCACCACCAAAAAUUUUAACAUUUAUUGAUGAGCUAAAAGUAAUCGAAGGACAAGGACAAACAAUUCGAUGUGAAAUAAGUGGAACACCAAUGCCAAAAGUGGAAUGGCUUAAAAAUGGACAAUCAUUUAAUGCUAGUAUAGCUCAAUCGUCUAGUAAUUUGCAUUAUCUUCAUCUCAGUGAAGCGCAAAUGAGUGAUGCAGGACGAUAUACCUGCGUAGCAAGAAAUCGAGCUGGUGAACAUCGCAUGACAACGGAACUUGAUGUCCUUGUGCCACCAAUGAUCUUGGAAGGUGAACGUGUUGUACAGGUAAAAGAAGACGCUACAUUAAUAUUAGAAUGUAUUGCAACUGGAAAUCCUAAACCGAUAAUUGUAUGGAAACGUGAUGGACAACUUUUGAAUACACGUGACUCACGUUUUGUAAUUGCGUCAUCAAAAGCUUCAGAUGCUGGCAGGUAUACGUGUGAAGCACGUAAUGAAGCUGGUAAAGUAUCAACUGAUUUUGUUGUUGAUAUUUUCAUUAAGCCACAUUUUCGUGAUUUGAAAACAGAAAUACGAGUACAUAAUGGUGAACAAGCACGUCUCGAAUGUAAAGUUGACGGAAAUCCAGAACCGAAUAUCACAUGGAUGCGUGGUGGUCGUCCGAUUGAAGAUAUGAGAAAUAUUAUAUUAAGUCCACGUGGUGAAACAAUGAUGAUUCUUAAAUCACGCAGGUCAGAUUCUGGUAGCUAUUCAUGCGUUGCAAAAAAUUCGGCCGGAGAAGCAGAAGCUAAUUUUAUAGUAACUGUUCUGAUAGCGCCAUAUAUCGAGGAGCAAAUUGAUCAAAAUUUACGUGUUGUUCAGGGUACGCAGGUUAUUAUGCAUUGUCCAGUGCAGGGUAAUCCAAAACCAAAGAUUAAAUGGCUAUAUGAUGGAAAACCAAUCACAAUUAAUCGCGGAAAAAUUCUUAGCGAGAAUGAUUUGAUAAUUCAACAACCAGAGCAAUAUGAAAAAGGGCGUUAUACAUGUUUAGCAGACAAUGAAGCUGGAAUAUUAUAUACAAAUUAUGAACUGGAAAUUAUUGGCCCCCCAAAAUUUCAUCAUCGUGGUGAAACUAUUUAUGAGGCAAUAAUUGGUAAAACGAUAACGAUGGAAUGUAAUGUUGAAGCUGAACCAAAACCGGAAAUUCAUUGGUUCCGUGGUGAUUUACCUUUAUAUCUUCGUAAAAAUAUUCAUAUCUCAUCGGAUGGACAGAAAAUAACAAUACAUGAUGUAGAAAUGAGCGAUGGUGGCAAAUAUACAUGCAAGACAAAAAAUGAAGCAGGUUCAGCAGAUAUUGACCUGAUAUUAAAAGUGUUAGUACCACCAAGUAUCGACACAUCAAAUAUCAUUGGCAAUCCAUUAGCAAUUGUGGGAAAAUCAAUUUACUUAGAAUGCCCAGUUUCUGGAAUUCCACAUCCAACAAUUACAUGGUACAAAGAUAAUAUUCCAAUAUCAAUUGAUAAUGAUCGUUUUGUUAUUGAACAGAAUAAUCAAACAUUUGGCAUUAAAGAAGUAAAAGUAAGUGAUCAAGGACAAAUUAUUUGUGUUGUUGAAAAUAAAGGUGGCCAAGUGGAACAAAAUUUUAAUUUGGAAGUGUUAGUACCACCAGAACUUGAAACAGUACAAUCACAAAAAUAUAUAAAACGUGAAAAAGAUAGCAUUACAUUAGUUUGUCCAGUAAAAUAUGAUAAAUAUUCAACAACACCAACUGAAAUAUUAUGGUAUAAAGAUGGUCGUCCAAUUGAUCGAUUUACAGUAUCAAAUAUUAAAAUCACAUCAGACGGACAACGUUUACACAUCGCUCAUACGUCACUUUCUGAUGCUGGCAAUUAUUCAUGCGUUGCACUAAAUCGCGCGGGCGAAUCAUCACUCAAUUUUUACGUGGAAAUAUUUUCAGCACCCCAUUUGGAUUAUGGUCGCAGUAAACAACAAUUGCAUGCCAUUACUGGACAAUCAAUAACUCUUUGGUGUAUAGUUUCCGGAUAUCCAUUGCCGACAAUUCAGUGGAUCAAAGAUGGUUACCUAAUAUCUUUUAAUAAUAAAAGUGACGUGAGAUUAAUCGAUAAUGGACAAGGACUGGAAAUUUUAAAUGCUAAGCAUGAGCAUUCGGGUAUUUGGUUAUGUGAGGCAUCAAAUGCUGCUGGUAAAAUAGAUUAUGAAUUAACUUUGGAUGUUUGGACAUUUCCAAUUGUAUUCAUACAUCCGAAAGAUAAUAUUCAACCGAUCGAUAGUGCUAUCACAAUACAUUGUCAAGCAACCGGUAAUCCAAAACCAUCGUUAUCGUGGAGCAAGGAUGAUCAACCAUUAAUCACUUCAGCAGAUGGAGUACGAAUUUCAUUGAAAGGAACAAGAUUGGACAUUCCUCGUUUAAAACAAUCACAUAUCGGCCAGUAUAGAUGUACAGCAGUAAAUGAUGUUGGUGCAUCCUAUGCUACUGCACACAUCGAUGUUUUAGUGCCACCGACAAUUAAUCGUGAUAACAUUGGGAUGAAUUUACGAUUACCAAUUACUCAAACACUAACAUUAAUUUGUGAUGCAACCGGUGAACCAUUACCUGAAAUAAGUUGGUAUGUGAAUGAUACUAUAAUACAUGAAACAAUGUCAAAUGUAAUUAUCGGUGAAAAUGGUCGCUAUCUUCAGGUAAACGAUGUUACAUUAAACGAUCAUGGAACAUAUAAAUGCAUUGCAUCAAAUAUUGCUGGUAAAGAUGAACUUUUAUACACAGUUACUAUUGUUCAAGCUCCAAAAAUAUUGAACGGUGGUAAUUACCAAAUUAUUGAGGGCCAAGAAGCUCAAAUUUUAUGCAAUGUUAGUGGUGAACCAUCACCGAAAGUUGCAUGGCAACGAAAUGGAAUUCGAAUUGAAACUGAAAUGAGAUAUAUUAUUGAAGAUAAGAUACUAAAGAUAAUAGAUAGUCGAAGUUCAGAUUCCGGUUUGUACGUUUGUAUAGCAACAAAUGAAGCUGGAAUUGCCCAACAAGCAUUUACACUUGAAGUAUUCGUUAUUCCACGUAUCAUUACAACAUCACCAAACGAAUCGUUCAUGCCUGUUGGUAGUCCAUUUAGCCUGAAAUGUGGUGUACGUGGUUUUCCAGCACCAGAUGUUACAUGGUCAUUAAAUGGAGAAAUACUGGACAAAGAUAAGAAAGGUUAUUCCAUUGUGGAAACAGAAUCAAACAAUAAUCUCAAUAUGUGUUCAGCGGAGGAUGGUACUUUGUUUGUUGAGAAAGCACCGAAACAAGCACUGCUAACCUUUAAAUGUAUAGCAAAAAAUAAUGCUGGCUCAGACAGUAAAGAAUAUGUCAUCAAAGUGAUAAGUCCACCAGUUGUGAUAAGAGAAGGUAUUAAGACAAUCAAUGCUACAGAAGGUGAUCCAGCAUUGUUAAUUUGUGAAAUUGAAGGAGAAAUUCCAAAAAUUUACUGGUAUAAGGAUGAUAAACCAUUGAUAUUAAAAUCAAAUAUUGAAUUAAGUCCAGAUCAAACACAACUCAAAAUACAUCAUGCUAAGCUAAAUGAUGAAGGUAUGUACAGUUGUGUUGCUGUUAAUCCAGCUGGUAAUGCUACACAAAAACUACAACUUUAUAUUGGUGUUCCACCACGAAUAACUGAAAAACCACGAAGAAUUAUUGUAAAAAGUGGUCAACAAGCUGAAUUAUGGUGUGAAGCAGUUGGUAUACCAAAACCACAUAUUACAUGGUUAAAAGAUGAUAAAGCAUUAUCACAAAUAGCAUUAGAUGAUUACACGGAUGUGCUAAAAUCAACCGCUUUCUUUCCGAAUGUAUCAAGUCGAAAUGGUGGUGUUUAUACAUGCAAAGCAGAGAAUUGGGCUGGUACCAGUUAUAAAGAUGUUGAUUUAAUCGUUUUAGUACCACCGGAAAUUCAUCCAGAACGAUUAAAUGUAACUGGAAAUAUUGAUGAAACUAUAAUUUUAACAUGUAAUACAACUGGUGUACCAGAACCUGUUGUAUCUUGGAUGAAAAUGCCAAAUAUUGAUAUUGUUGGGAAUGAAAAGAAAUAUCAAAUCUAUGGAACAGCUUUACACAUCAGAAAUGGUGCGCCGGAAGAUGAUGGCUUUUAUCACUGCAUUGCAAAAAGUAAUGCUGGUCAAGCAAUUGGAUCAAGACGACUUAUUGUUAAUGAAUUAAGGAAAGAUUUCAAAGUGAUUUGGGUAGAAUGUGAUGAAUUUGGACAACCAAUUAAAACAACAUAUGUGCCAGCACGUGGUGAUGUUCCCGAUAAUAAUAAUAAUUUAUUACCAUGGAAGCAAGAUCUACAGGAUCUUCCACAAAAUGGUACAAAUAGAAUAUUGAUACGUUGCCUACCUGAAUCUCGUGAAUUACGUCGUGCUCCAUUAGCUGUACCCCGUUUCAUACGAUCACCACGUACACAAAAAGUUUUACCAGGAACUGUUGCACAUCUUCAUUGCAGUGCUAUUGGUCAACCUAAGCCACAUAUUAUUUGGAUUCGUAAUGGAACUUACCUAGCAGGUAUGUUACAACCAACAGAUGGUUAUUCAAUAUUACCAGUAAAAAUUGAAAGUAAUGAUGAUUUGGGCGAUUAUAUUUGCUUGGCAAAAAAUAUCGUUGGUUCUGUUACCAGUACUGCUACCUUAUUUACAGAUCAAAUUACGGAAAAAAAACGUUCAAUUGCAAUAUUAAAUUGUAUAUUCGAUAAUACCGUUUCAAAAAAAAAUAUAGUUUGGAAAUUUUUCAAUACACUAUUAAGCAAUUCCGCCGAAACAGUAAACUUUUUGCAUAAUGGUUCACUUGUUGUUUAUGAUGUCACCGAAACUAAUUUGACAGAUUUACUUGGUUAUCAAUGCUAUGUAACAAAUCAAAAACAAACAACUGAAAUAAAUUUUCUGGAAGUGCAUGAUGACGCACCACACGUCCAGGUGUCACCAAAACAAGUCUUUGUAAACUUAAAUGAUUCACUGAUGCUAAGUUGUCAACUGAUGUCUAAUCCGUUAACAGCAAUUGUUCAAUGGACAAAAAAUGAUCUAAAAUUGAAGGAUAGUAGCAGAACACAAGUGCUUGCCAAUAAUUCUCUUUAUAUUACAAAAUUAUUACUUUCUGAUCGUGCAAUAUUCAAAUGUAUUGCAUCAAAUCGAUAUGGAAAGUCAUACGAUGAUGUCCAAGUGAUUGUAAAAACAGGUUUAACUGGCGUGGUUAACAAAGUUAAAGGAAUUGUGAAUGGUCGAAGAAUUAAACGUGAAACAGUACUUAUUAAUAUAAAGCCUAAAAUGGAAGGUAAUAUGGUUUCAGUGAAGGCAAACAGUAUAUUCAGCGAACAAGGUGCUGUAGCAAAAAUAAUACUUGGUUAUAUAGUAAUAGCUUCACCACAACUAGCAUUUAAUCCAAAUCAAGAAAAUUCACUUGUAAAUGUUGAAUUUCAUCGUGUAAUUGAUUAUCGAUUUGAAAGUGGUGAAAUGAUUCGUGUUUAUCAGAAAGGAUUUGGCAUUAAUAAUGAAUAUGCGCAAUUUGAAAUGAUUUUCAGUGGACGAUUACCACAUUUUAAUAAUGAGAAUUACUCUUGGAUAGAUCAAGCUAAAGAGGAAAUGAUUGAACAAGAGCCAGGCAUAAUACGUGGCAAUGGAUUUGCAAUUUUACAUAUUUCGAAUUAUGCAAAUAUACCAUUCUACUGGAAUGAGAGCAUUGUUUAUGAUGCAUCAAAAGGAAUGGAUAUUGGCCUUGCUAGGUCGGUGAUUUUUAAAUUUAUAUUCUGGAAAUCAAUAGAUGGUGGUGCUAAAUUGAAUGCUAUUGUUAAGAUUAAAUCAGUUUAUGGCAUUUGUCCAAUUGGUUAUCAAAUUAAGGAUGGCACUUGUGUUGAUAUUAAUGAAUGUGAAUCUAGCCAAGAAAUAUGCCAUAAGCAAUCACAUUGCAUUAAUGCUAUUGGUGAUUACAUAUGCGAGCGUAAUUGUCAACCAGGUUUUAAAGUAGAUUCACGAGGUGAUUGCAAGGAUAUUGAUGAGUGUGCACUUGGUAUGCAUAACUGUACAAGCGGUGUCUUAUGUAAGAAUAUACCAGGUGCAUUCUUAUGUGAAGCAUCGCUAUGUGCCGAAGGAUAUAUUCGAGAUUCUAGUGGUCAUUGCAAAGAUGUAGACGAAUGUGAUAAAUUAUUAUGUGGUAAUUUGAAAUGUUUGAAUCAUUUAGGUUCAUAUAAUUGUAUUUGUCCAACAAGUUUUCCAAAUGAUAUUGAUGGUAUUUGUGAAGAAACGAAAGAGAAUUUGGCAAAUGUAAAAUCAAUUAGAUUUGAUGAAAAUUGGAGAACAUGUGCACCAGGUUACUAUCGUAUUGGUGAAACAUGUCAAGAUAUUAAUGAAUGUAUAUUCAAUUUGCCAUGCAAUUAUGAAUGUGAAAAUAUUGAAGGCAGUUAUAAAUGUUUAUGUCCAGAAGGUUAUACAAUUGAGCAAAAUAAUUGUACCGACAUAAAUGAAUGCUUAUCUAAUCCAUGCUUAACUGAUGAAUUAUGUUUUAAUCAAUUAGGAAGUUAUGAAUGCCUUACAACGCCAUGUCCAGUUGAUUAUCAUCUGAAAGAUCAGAAAUGUAUACCGAAUUGUCAAAAUUGUUCUAACUUACCUAUAAUAAUUUACAUGUUAUCACUACCAAAAAUCAUGCCAAUAGCUACAUCAUUACUACGUCUAACAGCUUAUGAUCAUCGUUCAAGGGUGCUUCACCGAACGCGUUUCAUUAUGAAAUCAGUUUCAAAAUCCACCAAACAUAUUCCAUUUAUUUUUAAAACGAAAAAUGGUCGAGCAACGUUGCAAAAUGUUGAAAGUUCACUUAAAGCAGGAACAUAUAAGCUUGCAAUACGAAGUAUCUCUAAGUUACCUUAUAGAGCGGGCAAAUUAAUUAAUAAUUCAAUUGUUUUUAUUGCUGUAUCGGAAUAUGAUUUUUAA